GAAGCAUAAUUCACCCUACCUACGUAGGGUUCCUCUCUCUCAAAUCCAAGCCCAUCUCAUUCAUUCUUCGAUCCUUCGAUCCUUCGAUCUCAUUCAUUCAAGACCUAAUAAUCAUAAUAAUCUAUAUAUGUCACAACUGACCAAAUUUACACACCGCUUAGCAUUUCAAUUUCCCCCCCUUCUUUAAAUUCUUUUCUGCCUUCUUCUCCUUCGUCGUCGUUUACGUUUUCUUCUUCUUCUUCUUCUUCUUCUUCUUCUUCUUCUUCUUCUUCUUCUUCUUCUUCUUCUUCUUCUUCUUCUUCUUCUUCUUCUUCUUCUUCUUCUUCUUCUUCUUCUUUGUGACCUUUUAUUGAUUUUAUGGAUGGAUGUGUUUGGUGCUCGGUGUGAUGCUCUUGGUGCUCCCAACACCCAAGAUCUUAACCUUUUGGGACAUGUUUCAGAAGAAGGUUCAGUGUUUGAUGCAUCACAAUAUGCAUUCUUUGGUAAAGAUGUUGCUGAGGAGGUUGAGUUGGGCGGGUUAGAUGAUGAAAAUGAUUAUAUCCCUUCUGUUGCUUUCAAUGAGGAGGAGUUUUUUCUCAAUGGAGAAGAGGCGGAUGAUGUAAGAUCUCUUUCUGAUAUUGAUGAUCUCACUACCACUUUUUUGAAGUUGAACAAAGUCGUUAGUGGACCAAGAAGUGCAGGAGUUAUUGGUGAUCGGGUGUCAAGAGAAAAUUCCUCUGCUUCUGAAUGGUCACAGAGGGAUGAAAUUCCCUACUGGGUUGACCAUCACACUUAUGAUAGUGAAGGUUCUCAGGAUGGCAAAAGAUGGUCAUCACAUCCCCAUUCUUCUGUCAAUCUAGAAGAAUCAAAGCCAUUAUACAGAACGUCUUCGUAUCCUGAGCAUCAACGGCAGCUACAACAUCACCUCCAACAUUGCUCUAGUGAACCUGUUCCUAACUGGUUUGAUCAACAUUUUUAUGAUAGUGAAACUAUUGAUGAUGAAAAGAGGUGGUCAUCACAGCCACAUUCCUCCACUGUGCACAAAGAAGGACCAAAGCCCUUGUAUAGAACAUCUUCGUAUCCUGACAAGUGCCAAGAGCUUCCUCGUUUUUCUAUUGAACCAAUUUUGGGACCAACAUCUUCAUUUACGUCUUAUCCUCCCCCGGGUGGUAGGUCUCAACAGUUUUCUCCAAAUCACAGUACAGGCCAGUUGAACAUUCCUUAUGCUGGGGGAGCUCACGUGGCAUUGUCAUCACAAAAUUGUUCUCGAUUAUUUAAUUCUGCAUUACCCUUGAGUGGAUCAAAAUAUGAGCCACGUUUUAGUGGAAGUUUGCCCCAAUUUCCUACUGGCUCCCUCCUCAAUCAAGGAAACCAGAAUCAAUGGGUCAAGCAAACAGGGUUGUAUCCUCGAGAUCAUUCUAACCUCCUGAAUAAUAUGUUGCAGCAACAACUAUACCAUCACGGUGGAUCAGUGUCUCCUCACUUACUGACUCAGUUUCAGCAACAGCAGCACAGAUUGCAUCAUCCUCUUCAGCAAUCAGCAGGCUUCACGUCAGGUUUACAGUCCCAUUUAGUUAAUCACCAUCUUUCGUCUGGUUCGUCACCUGGUAGAAAAUAUGAACACAAGCUUGGUCUUGGUGAUGUUAGAGAACAUAGACAAAAAUCAACUCGCAGACAGAGUCAUCGUUUCUCCCAACAGGGUUCUAAUGCCAGUAGCCAGAAGAGUGAUUGUGGUUCGUUACAGUUCAGGUCCAAGUAUAUGACUAGCGACGAGAUUGAAAGUAUUCUUAAAAUGCAGCUUGCCGUGACUCACUGUAAUGACCCAUAUGUUGAUGACUAUUAUCACCAAUCUUGUCUUGCCAAAAAAUCAGGGGCUAAAUUGAAACAUUCAUUUUGCCCAACCAAAAUAAAGGAACUUUCUUCACGAGCCCGUGCCAAUACUGAGCCACACGGUUUUCUUCAGGUUGAUGCUUUAGGGAGGGUUUCAUACUUGCCCAUUCGUCAGCCUCGCCCUCUUCUUGAAGUUGAUUCUCCAAACUCCUCUGUUAGUGGUGGCUCUGAGGGAAUUAUUUCAGAGAAGUCCCUUGAGCAGGAGCCUUUGUUUGCAGCCAGAGUCACAAUUGAGGAUGGUCUCUGUCUUCUUCUCGAUGUGGAUGAUAUUGACCGUUUUCUUCAGUGUAAUCUGCUACAAGAUGGUGGAACUCAAUUCUUACGAAGAAGGAAGGUCCUUUUGGAAGGGUUAGCAACAUCACUUCAUCUCGUAGACCCACUGGGAAAGAAUGGACACAAAGCUGGGCUUGCUGCUAAGGAUGACCUUGUUUUCUUACGAUUAGCAUCUCUUUCGAAGGGACGGAAGCUCUUAGCAAAGUAUCUUCGGGUGCUUGUUCCUGGUAGUGAGCUUAUGCGAAUUGUCUGCAUGGCUAUAUUUCGUCAUUUAAGAUUCUUAUUUGGUAGUAUCCCCUCCGAUUCAGCAGCUGCAGAGACUACAACUAAUCUUGCUAUGGUUGUUUGUCAGUGUGUCCAAGGAAUGGAUCUUGGUGGUCUUAGUGCUUGUCUUGCAGCAGUCGUUUGUUCCUCGGAGCAGCCUCCACUGCGUCCCCUUGGAAGCUCUGCCGGAGAUGCUGCUUCCCUUAUUUUAGUUUCUGUUCUUGAGAGGGCUACUGAACUUCUAACUGAUCCCCAAGCUCCUUGUAGCAAUAAUAUGGGAAAUCGUUCAUUUUGGCAGGCGUCAUUUGAUGAAUUUUUUGGCCUCCUCACGAAGUAUUGCAUGAGUAAGUACCACAGUAUCAUGCAAUCACUGCUUAUGCAAGGGACACAAAAUGUGGCUGCAAUUGGAUCAGAUGCUGCUAAAGCUGUCAGUAAGGAAAUGCCUGUUGAGCUCUUACGUGCAAGUCUUCCUCACACGGAUGAUCCCCAGAGAAAGUUAUUACUGGAUUUUGCUCAGCGUUCUGCACCUGUGAUUGGAUUUAACAGCCAUGCUGGGAGCAGUAAUAGUCAUGUAAACUCAGAGACGGUGCUUAGUUAGUAGAGUAGAGAUUUCUUCUGAUGAUAAUGGUUUUCAGGUUUAAUGUCAUAUCCAAUGUGCUAUCUUGCAUCUCUGUUCAAGUACUUUUGCAUCUGUGGCGGCGAUACUUCUGAUGGAAUGACAAUGUGUUGGCAUAGUGAUAUAUGUUGCUUUCAAGCUCUUCAUGUAUCAUGAAAUACUCAGCUUGAUCUGUUCCUCAUGUCUUUUAUUUUAUUUAUGACAGGGGAGCUUAUUUUAUUACUUAGUAUGGUUGGUAGAUACACUAGUGGUUAGCAUGUACAUGUUUAGGCAGAUAUUUGAUUCCCAUACUCCCUUUCAAUUAGGUAUACAAGGCGUGAGGGGUUGGAUUAUAUUCAAAUCUACUUAAGAUUAUAGGUCACAAUUCUAGGGAGCAAAGGGAAAAUGUUGACCAUUUGGUGGUGCUAAAAUAACAUAGGAACUACUUCAGAAUAAUUUAUGUUGACCUUGCUGCAUAGUUUUCAUCUCGUGACUAUCCUAAACUUUAAAUUCA